AAACAAUGAUAAACAUUUGUUUAAAUAGCUACAUUAAAGAAAGCAUCAUUGAAAACUUCUCGUUUACUUUGCGCAUGCCCUGAAUUGAGACGUCAUAUGAUUUGCAUUUAUUAUCUAUUAAAAAUGUAUGUAAACAUUGACGCAGAUAUUUAUGACGUAAUUCUUGAUAUACAUACACAUAAUUGCUAAAAUCCAAUCAAUGGAUAGUAAAAACUAAAUCAUUGUUCUAGUGCAUGUAUAGUAUUUCAAUAGUAUGUAAUUAAAACUACGCGCCCAGUCAAGCCCGAUUUACAGUAAUUUCGAAGUAUUUUCACAAAAUUUCAAUCAAUAUGAAUUAGGACGCCCCACCAUUCAAAUAUUUUCAAACUUACAUGCAUGCGCCUUUCCAUGCUCAUAUCUUAAAAACGUUGUAUUUCAGGUUUAAAUGUAAUUGAUGAGCUGAAUGGCAUGCUCAUCAAACUUCUCCAUUGGCAAUUGAGGGUGCAUCGAAAACGUCACGAGGUCUGCAACACUUCAAGUUUACAUAAAUAAAGUGCAGACUAAGACUAACAGUCAAUGCGGUCAAGUUAUUGGAAUAGUGCUUAAGAGUUGUGCCCAAAAAAAUUAGUGAAGUUUUAAAAAAAAUGUACAUGUAAGUGUGUUAUCUGGAUUAACGCAUACCCCACAUUACUUCUUUGGAAAGUAGUAUUUAUAUACGAACAACAACGUCGUGACUAUUGCAUAAUUUGUAUAUAUUUGGCAUCUGCAAAGGGUAUCCGUAAUUACAUAUAAUAUAUUACAAGUACCGGGUUGCUGUAAAAUAAACUGCUGUCUUCUUAUAUAAACAAUCAAAAAUAAAUGUCACAAAUUCAAAAUAUAUGUAAAUACUCCUCUUCACUUGCAUCUUCCUUCAAUAAGAAUAUAGAAAAACGCUCUCGUACAAUCAGCCAAGAAUCAUUGCAAGAAUGUGCAGUGUGUGGAGACAUAGCGGUUUGUCAGCACUAUGGUGUAAGAACCUGUGAGGGGUGUAAGGGAUUUUUUAAACGAACAGUCCAAAAAAAAUCAAAAUAUGUUUGUCUAUCGAAUCAGUCAUGUCCUGUUGAUAGACGUCGGCGUAAUAGAUGCCAGUUUUGUCGCUUCCAGAAAUGUCUGGAAGUAGGCAUGGUAAAGGAGGUAGUUCGAACCGAUUCACUUAGAGGACGUCGCGGAAGACUACCAACGAAACAGAAAGACAAUGACUAUUUUGGCAUAUAUCACAAUUUAUCAUUAAUAUCAACACUAGUUAAUAGUCAUAAGGAUACAACACCCGAUAUAUCUUGUUUGGACUAUGCAACAUAUUCAGAACCUACAUAUAUAAACUCGCCUCUUAUCGUAAGAGAAUCAGAAAAUGUUCGAAAAUUUUACCUAAUAUUGAACAGCUCAGUAAAAAGGAUUGAACAGUUUAUUUAUAAAAUACCCGGCUUCAGUGAAUUGUGCGAAGCCGAUCAGGAAUUGCUUUUUCAAUCAGCUUCAUUAGAAAUGUUUGUUUUGAGAUUAUCAUAUCGUACCAACUCCAACGAUUCGAAUAUAACUUUUUGUAAUGGUAUGAUAAUGCAUAAGACUCAAUGUGAAAGAGUUUUUGGAGAUUGGCUCUUUAACAUUUUGGAGUUUAGUAAACAAUUAAAAAACUUAGAGAUGGAUAUUACUUCUUUCGUCUGUUUAUGUGCACUCGCUGUUAUGACAGAUUACUAUGGAAGUAGAUACGCCAGUCACAACCACGCCAACCGCKCGGGCUAYBAAUGCGCCACGCACCGGGCCUACACCAGCGCYCCGARCUGUGGUUGCAACAACGCCGGCAACUGUGGUUACAACAACGCCGGCACCUGUACCGGCAACCGCGCCAGCAGCGGUCCUUCCAUCCGCACCUCGUGGUGGCACUCGACCACCACCACGCCAAUCACGGACGUCUUAGACCCUAAGGUGCCCCAUCUGUCGGCGCCCACAUCGCCUAGGCCCAGGCACACGGGCAUUGACACAAUUGCCUGCCACCUACGCAUACGACUCCGGAGUGUGAGUCACGAGGGCUGUGCCAAUUAUGCCACAGGCCGCACCACACGCUGUUCCAUCGCAGCUCGGCACGCGAAGUAA